ACUGUAUGUAAAAGAAGAGCUCCCUUAAGUAACAUGGCUACCGCAAGCGCUCGUCGUUAAUUGAUUCCUGGAGACCCGCGUGCUCGUCAGCCGACUUCAAUGCAGCACUCCAAUUGGCUGAAGGCUCUGAGGAAAAAAAGCUUGAGGGAGCUACCGCUGCGCUUGCCGCUGCAUAGCGUUUUCUUGACCAGAGAUAGUUCUGCCAUGCUGAGUUAAUGCCUUCCGUGCGAUGAAGAAGGGCCGCGUUGAUCACGUAACUAGGAUUUGAAUGAAAAUCUCACAUUGUGCUUAUUACUUCAGUGUGUAGAUAUAGCAAUUGAAAGAACAUCAAAGAUGGGCUGAUAUCAAGCUAUUAUUCUUUUUCUUUAUUACAUUUGGGGAAAGGGAUGCUCUCACUUUGAAAUGAGCUUACAGCAUCUCUUUCUGAAGACUACAUGAAGGCUGAUUCAGUUUACUGAAACACCUAAAUUGACUACUCACUUCUAUCCUAUCCCAUCCCACCCCACGUUUCUCAGUUUUGAUAAGGGUUUUAAUACUCCACGAACUACAUAACUGGGCUGUUCCUUCAGGAAUUUAUCCUCUCUCCAUCGGUGUCAUUUUUUUUUUUUUUUGCGUCAUGGUAUUUUUUCACCAAACAAGCAGCUUGGGGCUACUGAAGUCACUGAAGAAAAGUCACAUAUUUUAUCCCAUGCCAAAGCAUCAGCAGAUGCCCAUUGUCUUGGGGUGCUUCAUUUUCACCUCGUCAUAUCAGUGUGCAAAACCAGUGGAUCCCAAAAGAAUUCGUCCAGGAACUACCACAUUGAGUUUUAAAGGUAAAGGUGAAGGUAUAAGGGAGACCAGAGUGGGGAAAGACUAUUCUUCUCCACGUCCUUUCAACCUCUUUGCUGCUGGAGCAUCGAAGAGGAGAUCAGGACCCCGUGAAGCUAUUGAAGAUUCAGAGCGCUCCAUCCUUUCGAGGCGGAUAACACUUCAUCCUCCAGAAAAACCUUUGAGUGCUGGCGAAUGGGAAGAGCUGAAGGGACAAUUUGAGGGACUGAGAAAGUUUGAACUGCUUAUGUUUGAGCAAAUGAUAGCUUGCAACAGCCCCAUCGAUGUGGCCAAAUCCUUGUUGGCUGCAGUGGCUAAUCGAGAGGGAGAUAUUCAAUACAGUAUUUUGCUGAAGUACUUGUGCCUGUGUGUCUCUCAGGGGAGCACGGAGGAGAUUUACGAUGUCCAUGACAUUCUGAAAGCCAGAUUUAAGACUUUAGAAACAUCGGGUUAUGGUCUUCUCAUCAGAGGUCUGAGUGGUACACCACGCUGGAGGGAGGCCUUGUCGCUUCUGGAGGAGUUAAAAAAAGUCAUGACCCCUUCAAAAUCAAACUAUGGAGACUGCAUCAGGGGGGCCCUUCUUAACCGGGAAAUAAAUCUUGCAUGCGAACUGUUUCAUGAGAUGCUAGCUAAGGACCUGGUGCCAAACCUGGAUACCUUACAGAUUUUCUUUGACACUGGCAGAAGUGUGAAGGAUGACAUUUUGAAAACUGAACUCAUGCACAUCCUCUCCUACUUAAGAGAUAAUCAAGUAUAUCCUGGGGAAGCUUUAAUGCAGAGCAUAAAGCAGUGGUUUGAAAGUAUUCCAGGAGAAAACUGGAAAGGAAGCUUAACUACCAUCAAACAUAGUGGGCAGUGCCCAUCUUGUAAUCAGUCCUUGGAAAGUAUUAACCUGAGUCCAGAAGAAUACAGCACUCUCAAGGAAAGAAUAAUAAAGGAUGUGAUACAAGGAACUGAUACAUUUAGGAAAACAACCCCCCAGGAACUUGAAGAAUUUCAGACAUUCGUGAAUCAGUGUCCCCCUUUUGAUAUUGUGAUUGAUGGACUCAACGUUAGCAGAGUUUACAACAAAGCCAUUCCAUCUCAAACUCUGCUGAACGUUGUCAGCUACCUAGCACAGCAGAAUCCACGGAUGCUUAUACUGGGGCGCAAACACAUGCUGAAGAAAACUUCUCAGUGGCACAGAAAUGAUAUGGCUGCUCUGCAGAAGAAAGCACACUUCUUCUUUACUGAAAACCUGUCUGAAGAUGAUCCAUUCCUGCUCUAUGCCACUCUUCACUCAGGAAGUCACUGUAGAUUUGUUACCAGAGAUCUAUUACGUGAUCAUAAGGCUUGUCUCUCUGACAGUCUAACUCGACGGCUGUUCUUUAAAUGGCAGCGGGGACAUCAGAUGGUGCUAUCUGACUACAUACCAGGAAAGAGGAUAAAGUUUGAGUCUGUAUUGAAUUUUGAUACAAUCGUGCAGACCACAGGUAACACAUGGCAUAUUCCCUAUGAUGACAACGUCUUGAAAAGAUCUUCUUAUGAAGUGCCUACAAAAUGGCUUUGUCUUCAACAGAAAUAAAGGAUGCAUUUCUCCGAACAAAAAUGUA